AAAUAAAUGAAAAAAAAAUUAUAGUUUCAGAUUAUAUGUUUUCAGAUUAAAAUUUUUUAUAAUUUUUUUUGAAACAUUUUUUUUUUUCAAAUUUUCUUUUUAAAAUUCAAAAAUAUUUUUUGAAACUGUUUUUUAAAUUUUUAUUUUAACUUUUUGGUAUUUAUUUUUUAUUUUAUAAAAUUUUAAACCCUAAUUCUAAAACCUCAUCUCUUAACUCUAAACCCUAAGAUUUGAAUUAAUUAACCUAAAGUAUAUAAGUGUAUAUUUACCUCUUUAAUAAAACUUAUUUUUGUAACUUUAAACCUUAAAUGUUAGUUUGAAAACAAAAACUUAGUUCGAUGUUAUCCUAAUCUUUUUCUCAUAAAAUCAUGUCACGACCAGAUGUGAUAUCGUACAAAAAGCAUGGCAAAAGUAAUUUGGAAAUAUCGAAACUGAAACGAAAAUAAAAGAAUGCAAGAGAGUGUGAGUCAUUGUAAUGGAGGACAAAUGUCAUACAGUGCAAAAGGGGACAAAAGGACACAAAUGGGGCUAUCAAGCACGUGGCUUUCACGUGAACUUCACGCCCUUCCUUUUCUUUCCUUCUUCACUUUUUCUCAUUUGAAGAGAAUGCUGCCAAAACUCAACGUGGGUCCCAUCAGUAUAUUAUGGCGGGCCCAGCCCAUUCUCCAUUGUCCUUAUACUACCCACGUGGGCUUUUUGGCCCGUUCCUUCUUUUUUCUUUUGUCGUAAACAGUUAACCUUGUAUUUUGUCGACAUUUUAUCAUGUUUUAUCGAUUUAUGGGAGAUAACGAAAACUGAUGAAAUAUAUUUUUGUUCUUUUCACUGAUGUUCUACAAAAUAUAUUUGUCAAUAUUGUGGCCAUCCGACAUACUGGCUUAUGUAUAUAAAAUUUUAACCCCUCCUGUGUGAUUUUGUUGAUCAUUUGAAUAAUAUUUUUGAAAUGUGAAAUAUAAAAAGUUAUGGGAAAAAAUAAAAGAUGCUGAGAUUCGACAUAGUACUAGUGAACAGUACUGCACUGAGUGAUUAAUUGCACCUGAGAAAGAAAACUAGUUGACAUAAAAAUAAUAAUAAAAUAACAAAAUAAACAAAAGUGAAAUAUUUAAAGAGCUAAAAGGCAGUGAGGUUGAUCAACAAAAAGAAAGAUAGCUUUCACAUACUCUUCCAAACGAAGACAAAGCCUUUUGGGAUCAUUCAACAAAGACAAAGAUGACUUCUCCAUCACCAUCUACCUUCAGACCAAAUUAAGUUCUUGAAUUCACAUAUAACAUAUACACACAUCUGUAUGUAGAUGAUGUUUGUUCUUACCAAGCUGAUUUAUUGUUCUUGCAGGUUAAAAGAUCAAGAGUAUAUGGAGCUUGUGUUUGAGAAUGGGCAGUUUCUUGCAAAGAGCCAAAGAUCCAAGGCCUUUUCUCUGGAGAAUCAACGUACCAAGUCGAUCGUGGAUUUGUACGAGGACGAGUAUAACGAGGAUUUCAUGAAGAGUAUUAUUCAUGGUGCUGAUAAGAAGCUACAGGUUUGUUCCAGAAACAUCAUGUUUUUUAUUGUUGCUGCAUAUGAAACGAAGAUGCUAAUGAAUCAUCACCUUAAUCUGGUUCAGAGUUUGAAAGCUUCUUCAUCAAAGAAGAUGGUGGUUGAUUAUGAGAACCGAAAGGACAACGAGUUCAUACCACCUGAUGAGCAAUCUGUGGUUGCUGAAAGGUCGGUUGAAUUGGGGUUUGACUCUACAGAAUUUACUGAAGAUAGUGAAGGGUCGACGUAUCUAAGCAGUAGUCUAGAUGAUGAGUCAGAUGAUCCGAGGCCACGAGUCCCUGCAAGAACAAGAAAAUCUUUGGUCAAGAGAAGACGGAGCAACAGCAACGAGCUUUAUAACUCAUCUGAAAAAAAUCAAAGAAGCGAUAUCAACAAGAAAAUGCGCAAGUUACAGAAUCUACUACCUAACUCUGGCAAGGACGAUAACGAAUCAACGUUGGAUGAAGCAAUUAACUAUAUGACGACCCUUCAACUUCAAGUUCAGAUGAUGACGAUGAGUAACAGAUUUGCUGCACCAGCAAUGAUGUUGCCUUUGGGUCCGCAUUACUCUCAGAUGGGUCUACCAACAUGUAUGCAAAUGGGCCUACCACAGUUUCUGCCUCCGCCUGUUCUAGGAUCUGGUGGUAACUCAGCAGAUAUGCUAAGGUUUCUUAACCAUCCCACUGGACUAAUAACGCCAAUGCAAAACUCUGCAUUGUUCACACCAAUGGGAAACUAUUUCCCUCCGUCAUGUGCUGCUUUCCCUAACCAAAUACAAAACUCCACCUCCUUGUCGAAUCUAGAUGACGCAACAACAGAUGGAGGAUCUCUCUCCGGUAAGAAAUAGGAUACACAGUGAGCAGAUGGUAGUUAACUGCUGAUUCGCCUAGACUUGUUAUUGUCCAAAUAAAAUGGUGAGAGCCAGCUGAAGUUGAACCACACAGAUCCAAAAGAGCACUACAAGACCAGAACAACUUAUCUACUCAAGUCUCUCUCUUUUUAGUGCCAGCUUUUCUAGUUCAUGUAACAUAUAGAGGAGAACAAUAAUCUAAAGUAAUUUUCUGGAUAUAUCUGUGUGAAUGUUGGAAGUCAUUCUAAUAUUUAUGAAACAAGCUCCUGAGUUUAUACAUUAGAGUGAAGCUUCUGUUUCUUGAAUGAA